AUGCCCACCCUCCAAGAAAGCAAGAUCUGCUUCAUCGGCGGAGGCAACAUGGCCUCCGCCAUCAUUGGCGGCCUGACCUCCAAGGGCGUCUCCAAGAGCAACAUCAUCGUCUCCGAGCCCUGGGACGUGAACCGCGAAAAGCUCGCCUCCACCGGCGUCCAAACAACCACCAACAACGCCACCGCUGGCUCCGAUGCAGACAUCGUCAUCAUCGCCGUCAAGCCGCAGGUCACACAGAGCGUGUGCGAGGAGCUGGGCGCAUCUUGGGGAAGCCGGAAGGUCCUGCCGGUUGUCGUGAGCAUUGCGGCCGGUAUUACGCUUGACUCGCUGCAGGGGUGGUCGAAGACGGCGGACGGGCGCACGCCGCAUGUUGUGCGCGUUAUGCCGAAUACACCUGCGCUUGUCGGAGAGGGCGCGUCGGGCGCGUAUGCCAGCAAGGAUGUGACGGGCGAGGAGAAGGAACUUGUUAAUGCUUUGUUGGGGAGUGUAUCCAAGGCUACGGAGUGGGUUGACCGGGAGGAGUUGUUGGAUGUUGUUACCGGGUUGUCUGGAUCCGGCCCGGCUUACUUCUUCGCUAUGGUUGAGCACCUCGUUGCUAGCGCUACUGCUCUCGGUCUUUCGAAGGAACAGGCGACGCGUCUGGCUACGCAGACUUGCCUUGGUGCGGGCAAGAUGCUUGUUGAGUCGGCUGAUGAGCCGAGCCAGCUGCGUAAGAAUGUGACCAGUCCCAAUGGAACUACGUUCGCGGCGCUGCAGACUUUUGAGAAGGAGGGGUUCGAGAAGAUUGUUGAUAAGGCCGUUACGGCGGCGACGGAGCGGGCCGCUGAGUUGGGCAAGAAGGCUUAA